GUUUUGCAUGAACACACCAUACUUAAUGUGAUAUAAACAUUCUGUGUUGGGAUUCUGUUCUUUGUUGUUGCCGCUGCAUGUCGUUCUGCUCCGCCCCAGUAGGUGUCGCUAAUGUAAAUACGUUCAUUCCAGUACGCUAAAACACAGCAGUGGUAAAUAAAGUGCUUCUCUGUCGUUGUGCUGAACUUCGCUGUAGUCUUUGGAUUUUUCAGUCCCGCUUUUCCAAUUAUGUCUACCGAAUGUCUCGCUAAAAUCCCAGAGGUUGAUUUAGAUCCCAACGGUGUCUUCAAAUACGUCCUCAUACGGGUGCACAGCAAAGACGAUGAUUCACAUGUUGAUAUUGUGAGAGGAUACGCAUGGGCCGAGUAUCAUGCUGAUAUCUAUGACCGUGUGUCUGGAGAACUGGAGAGAGGUGGAGGACUGGAUUGUGAAUGUCUCGGAGGUGGAAGAAUCAAACAUGACAGUGCUGCAAAAAAGAUCCACGUCUACGGCUAUUCCAUGGGAUUUGGGAGAGCGAAGCAUUCUGUUUCCACAGAGAAGAUAAAAACCCAUUACCCAGACUAUGAGGUGACCUGGGGGGACGAAGGGUAUUGAAUGGGUUACAUGGGAUAAAUGACAGCUGCGAAUAAGGACACUAUUUCAAACCUAACUGUCUUAACGUAGCUUUCAAGUCUUGAUGUGCCAAGGCUGAGAAAGUACAGAACUUUAAUACAUUUCUGGGAUGGAUGGAUGGAUAAAUGGAUAGGACGUUUACUCCAAAACUAGACAGGUCAUCCUCAUUAUGUUUGAUUGGUUUUUAACUUAAUGUGUAGAUUAACACAUGGCAACAAAGAGAAAGGAAUGCAAUUACCUUUAUGGCCAUUGGUCUUUAAAUAUGAUGAAAUAAAACAGGUUAAGUACUUCAUCCAAACCAUAAUUAUAAUAAAGUCCAGAGAAGUGUUCUUAGAAAUUCCCAGAACUGCUUAUUUGUUAUUUAAGUUGGAAGAAAUGUUUGGAUGAUACACUAUUAUAUCACGAUAUGGGAAAUAUCUUGUUAAGGUAGUGUUAAUUACUGUGCUUAACCACAACAUAUUAAAAUGUAAAUUGUGAUUGAAUGAUUUCUAAAGUACCAUACAAUAAUACUGGACCCUCAGACCUGAUCCGGAGGUUGUAAGCCUUGCCUGAUAAACCCGACGAUCCACCUCACAUCCGUUUGUCAGCAUUUUUAAUAAAAGAUGCCAUUUGGAUGUACAAUGACUUUUUUGGCUCGGAAUACUACGACCUAACGACAUCCGGAGAAUGUUUUAUUAACAUUUUGAAUUCACAACAUUUAAAACAACUGCAUUUUUUUGUCGUUUCAAGCCUGAAGAUUAAAAUAGAGAUGAUCUUGUAUUAGUUGCAUUUAAAUUAUUUAGUGCAAACAAACCGAAAUGCAUUGCACAACAACAUUUAAUAAAUGAGUCUACUUUUGCCUCUAGUGUUGCAUCUUUAUUGUGUCAUUGUCUUUAUUUCUUGUUUCGCUUGUCUGUCAAGGUUAACUGGCAAGUCGAACCUUAGAAAUGGUGACCAGAAUGUGCCGUUCAUUUUAGCUAAAUAGUAACAUUGUCAAGUGAAGUAUCUGGUGUUGAGGCCAAAAUAAACUGAACUGUCUGUGCUGCAUAUUUUCAAAAGGGCUGAGCAGCUUUAAAGGAAGGAUCUGGCACGCUUCUGUGGGUUAAAAUGUAAAGUCUAGGUGUUAUCUGGAAGCAGAAGUGAGGGACACAGGUGAAGUUAAAAACUUCAUAUGUGGCAGGAUGGUGCUUUUGCUCACGGCACGCUGAAAAAGAGCUUCUGAUGGCAAAAGUAAAGAUGGGAUUCAUGGCUACCUGCCACUGGAUUCUCCUUGUGUGUCUCAUGCUGAAUAUCUGUCAAAGGGGUGAGAUCUGGUGUUUUUGUUCUUUUAUUUGUUGUUAACGUUUUCAGGUCAAUUGCAAUUCAAUAUUGAAUGCCACGUUGGGACAUAUGUGUACUAUCACACAUUAUGUUUUUUCUUAUUUCAUUUUUAUUUUUAGUGCUUUCAAUUGUACAUCUCAGUGGCUGAUAUUUAUGAUAAGAAAACACUGAAAUGUGCACUGACGCAGUCUCAAAAUAAGAGUCAGUGAAUUAUUGCUCUUCAGGACAUUUCUUGUAUGUGACCAAACCCGAUGUCAUGAAAAGUAAUUGGAUGUCUUUUCAAAGCCCUCCCAUGGCACCAACCACAGGACACACAUCCUUGUCGGGUAUGUAUAUAGUACAAAAUGCAUAUUUUAGGGAGCAUUAACCAUCAACUUAAUGCACUUGUUUUAUCAAGAAUCUAUCCACAUAAUCAGGAUUAGGUAGGCGUCUCACUGUCUAAAGUGGUUAUGGCUUUAAGUUUUAAACCCAUUGUUCAUAAUUACAGAUGGUAAUGUACACACAUCAGUUUGGCUGAGUAUCCUGUGGACUGUCUGUGUUGGUGACCGAGAAGCAGAUCU